AUGAAUUUACUAGCGCCCGCUUUGAACAUAACCACCGAACUCCCCACCAUCCACCUAAAUACUAGCAGUUAUGCUUUCGCCAAUAAUUYACUAGCUGAAAGCUACAACAACAGCAAUGCGUUCCUUGAUGAACAUUACGCUAACGAUACAGACGUUGGCUUUUUCGACGGCUUCGUGAAUAACGGCAGUGAGAGUGCUUUCAACGAGUUAAUCGCCAACCUAAGCACAAUUGCAUAUGACUUUGGYAAACAAUUAGUAAGCACAGUAAUCGAUGCAAAUGUCGAAGCCACAACGCCCGCCGUCAGCACAACACCCAUCCCACCGCCAGCAGCGGUAUCGUCAGCCGCGAUGCGUGCCAGUGCUGCCAAUAGUAAUAUUGUGGACUACCACAAUGUGUCAUUAUCGCUGARCAACUGGUGGCUUAACGCCACAAAUUCAACGACACUAACCGCCAGCGAUGAAGGGGCUACGGUUAGAGGGAAUGCGCGGAAUACGAGUACUGAUGCUGAUAGUUGGGUGACAAACACACAUAAUGUUUACAGCAACUACGACGACGAAGGAUUAGACCCGUGCCAUCCAAACAAUUCGAAAUUCAACUGCACACAGACUGAUUUUGUGAAAUUCCUGCUCGGACCGCAAACGCUGCCACUCUACAAGGCUUUGCUGAUUACAAUAAUUUUCGGUGGAAUAUUCAUAACCGGCAUGCUGGGCAACAUUCUGGUGUGUGUGGUUAUUAUACGCCAUCCAACAAUGCACACGGCAACGAACUAUUACUUAUUCAGUCUGGCAGUCUCGGAUUUAAUAUACCUGCUAUUUGGUUUGCCCGCAGAAAUAUUCCUGUACUGGCAUCAAUAUCCCUACCUAUUUGGACUUCCCUUCUGCAAGAUACGCGCAUUCAUCUCAGAAGCUUCGACGUACGUCUCCGUACUCACAAUCGUCGCCUUCUCCAUGGAGCGCUUUCUCGCCAUUUGCCACCCCCUGCAUUUGACCGCGAUGAGCGGCUUUAAGCGCGCAGUUCGCAUUAUAGCCGCACUUUGGAUUCUCAGCUUGUUAGGCGCCAUACCCUUCGGCCUGCUCACGGAUAUUCAAUACUUGAAUUAUCCUUUAACUGAGACGACAAUACCGGAGUCCGCGUUCUGCAGCAUGUCGCACUACCCUGAAGAAUUUCCACUGUUCGAGAUCUCAUUCUGCUUCUUCUUCGUCAUACCGAUGCUGCUGAUAAUCAUCUUGUAUGGCAAGAUGGGCGCACASAUACGUUUCAGCACGACACUGCAGUUGGGCGUUCAACAGGGCUCUAUGCACCGUGAAUCUCGACAUCAGCAGUCACGCAAAGCUGUAAUACGCAUGUUGGCCGCCGUUGUAGUGACCUUUUUCAUUUGCUGGCUGCCAUUCCACAUGCAGCGCUUAUGGUUCCUCUAUGCCAAAGAACAAAACAAUUUCGAAGAGAUAAACGAGUGGAUGUUCUCCAUCGCCGGUUUCACGUACUAUGUGUCGUGCACGAUCAAUCCGAUUUUGUAUAAUGUGAUGUCGCAUCGGUACCGUGUUGCCUUCAAGGAUAUACUGUGGGGCAAGCGGCGCAGCGUGUACUACAACAAUGGCUUUGCUAGAGAUCAGUCCAGCUUUCGAGAGACGAUCGCUUCCAGCUUGGGUGGCGGCAAUAACAGCACGUACGAUCGCGUACAUUCGGUAAGAGUGCGUUCAAUGCGGCACGCCAAUAACUAUAGAGAUCGCAACUCUAUCAAGACAAAAAAUGUGCUAUGGACAAAAGAUAUAGACUACACCGUGCCGCUUAAAAAGGACACGCUGGACAGCAAACUAAAGUAUAGCACAAACGUUGUAGUUGUUGUGGACAAUGGCGGCAUCAAUGGACGACCCAAAGUAUUUACAGAAACCGAUGCGGAGGCAACACUGAUGAGCAAAGAUAACGAGACUUGUAUAUAAAGAAAGCUGGCGGAUGCAACAAGAAGGCAGCUAACAGAAAAUAAGUGAUCGAGUGGUUUGAGUGCGUUUGCGGCACAGCGAAUUUAAGCCAAAAACAAAUGCACUCUCACGAACCAAUGCUUUGGCGCUGUGAAUGAGCAUUAAAAACUAAGUCAAUAUGUGUGCGUAUGUAUGCAUAUAUAUUUUGUAUAUAUCACAUUUGUUAUUAUGCUAAAAGGAAUAACAGUUGUUCCACUUAUUUAUGAGUUACAAUUAGUUAGUUUACGCAACGAGUACAGGGUGUAAACAAACACUAGAAAGAUCUGUGUCUAUAUGUAAGAAAUUUGAUAAUUGUUACUGUCAGUGUGUAUUGGCAAACGAAUUUCAGAGCCGAGGCGAGUAUGCAAUAAGUUUGUUCGUUCAUAAGUUAGUAAAUAGUUUAUGCAACUUUUGCGGUGCCAACAAACUCACAUCCCGCGUGUGGUUACACAGAGUGCAAUGUCAUUCAUAAAAUAAAAUCUAUAAAUUUGCGUUUGUAAAGAAUUUGAAUUUUUUUGAGCUACGACCUAAUUUUCUUUUGACGAUUGUCGAGCUUUAAACAAAAAUAUUUGAGCUUACCGCUUUUACGUUUAAUAAAAUAUUGUGCAAUAUUUAAGCACAAAGGUUACUACAAAAGAACAUUCCCAAGUCAUGUGAGAGUUUAUUAYGAAAUAUGUACUCUUGAUAAAUAGAAGUAAACGCGAAUGUUUAUAGAUAAUUAUGAUUUGUUAACUGACAUGCACUGCAACCUGAAAUCUCAUGUUUAAGGACUCACCAAGAAACUCUUAUUUUUGCUUU